GGUGCAUGUCAUCGGCCAUCUCCAAGACGACUUGCUCAACAACAUCUCUCUUCCAUUCUCUCUCGCCCUCUCUCCUCGCUCCCUCGCUGCCCGCUUCAUCCUCUUCGACGCUUCUGUCUGGUGACCACCCCCCGCCGGCCACCUCCACGCCGCACCCCCCUGCACGUCCCACUCACCAGUCCCCCUCCGCCUGCCUUCCCACCGUCCACUCCCACGCCGCAAUGUCCGCUCCAGCCUCCGGGGCCGAGUUUCAGGCCUCGAGCCCGCUCAAGAAGUUCAAGCUCGUCUUCCUCGGCGAGCAGAGUGUCGGCAAGACGUCGCUCAUCACCCGCUUCAUGUACGACACGUUCGACAACACGUACCAGGCGACGAUCGGCAUCGACUUUUUGUCCAAGACCAUGUACCUCGAGGACCGUACGGUGCGGUUGCAACUGUGGGACACUGCGGGACAGGAACGCUUUCGCUCUCUGAUCCCCUCAUACAUCCGAGAUUCGUCUGUGGCCGUCAUCGUGUACGACAUCACGAACCGCACCUCGUUCCUCAACACCACCAAGUGGGUCGACGACGUGCGCAACGAGCGCGGCGAGGAUGUGAUCAUCGUGCUGGUUGGGAACAAGACGGACUUGAAUGACAAGCGCCAGGUGACGCAGGACGAGCUCGAAAAGCGUGCCAAGGAGCUGAACAUUAUGAGCAUUGAGACAAGUGCGAAGGCGGGACACAACGUCAAGACGCUGUUCAAGAAGAUCGCAAUGGCGCUGCCGGGUGGGAGCAGCGAGGCUGCGGCGGCUGCAGAAAACCAGAAAAUCGACGUUUCAAAGCCUGCCGACGACGUUCCCGAGGCAUCCGGAUGUGCGUGCUAGGAUAUUCUGCUGGGACCAUUCGAGGGAUCGAGGGCCCAUGGCCCGCAUCUGAGGC